GUGAGUGGCUUCCUUAUGGGCUUGAGCGUCAUUGGCUCGAUCUUCAACAUAACAGGCAUUGCCAUCAACCGCUACUGUUACAUCUGCCAAAACUUCAGCUACGACACACUUUACAGCUACCGCAACACGCUGCUGCUGGUAGCACUCAUCUGGCUGCUGACGGUCUUAGCCAUCGUGCCCAACUUUUUUGUUGGCUCGCUGCAGUACGACCCCCGCGUUUACUCAUGCACAUUUGCACAGACAGUCAGCGCGACCUACACCAUCACGGUGGUGGUUGUCCACUUCUUCGUGCCCAUUGCUAUAGUCACCUUCUGCUACCUGCGAAUCUGGAUCAUGGUCAUCCAGGUGAGGCAGAAGGUGAAGUCAGAGGUCCGCCCUCGAAACAAGCCCAGUGACCUGAGGAACUUUAUCACCAUGUUUGUGGUGUUCGUGCUGUUUGCUAUUUGUUGGGCACCGCUCAACUUCAUCGGGCUUGCUGUUGCUGUCUACCCUGAAGAAGUGGCGCCUCACAUCCCAGAGUGGCUAUUUGUGGUCAGCUACUUUAUGGCUUACUUCAACAGUUGCCUUAACGCUAUCAUCUACGGCCUGCUGAACCAGAACUUCCGUAGAGAGUACAAGCGGAUUGUCAUGUCUGUGUGGAAGCCACAACUCUUUUUCCAAGAGACGUCCCGGGGGGGCACUGAGGGCAUAAAGACUAAACCUUCGCCCGGACUCAAAAAUAAUACAGCUAAAUAAAGGAGAAACUCUGUGACAGUUUCCCCUUCUUUCAUGUCCUUUGCACCACUGUACC